AUGGGGAAAAAUAUUGCAAAAUACGGUUACAAAAGUGGUGUUUUACCAGUCACUAGAAAUAUACUAAAGAAACCUACUGUGAAUCAAACAACACUUGUGGAGAAAGCUAAUGCUCCAAAGAAGUUAGGUGUCAAUGGUGUUGGGUAUGCUGAAGGUGUUCAACAUCCUAGAGGUUCUACUAGAGUUCAGCGUCCAAUGGAAUUUAUUCAUGUUGAAAAGUUAAUCAAAAAGACUGUCUCUAAGCCAAAAGUAGAGCAUGAUGUUUCCACUCCUCAAAGACUUGCCAAACAUGAGAAAUCUGAGUUGCGUAGAAGAUAUUUGGCUGAGUCGUUUCGUAAGGAAGAGCAAAGGUUGAUCUCUUUGGAGAAGUUGGUCAAAGCAAAGGAGCUUGCUUUGAAAGAAGAACAUAUAAGGGAAUUAAAAGAAUUGGAAAAGAGUAAGACUUCUGAUUUAACUAUUCCAUCUUUGAACCGUAUCCUAAAUGAACCAAUGAUGAGAGAAAGAACUGAGGAAGAAAAAGAAAUCUUAGCAAUGAAAAGAGAAUACAAUAAUAACUUAAUGGAGUUCAAAGCAAAGGAAAGAAGAUUGCAAAACCUAAUAAACUUGUAUCAUAUCUCUAAUAAUUUCAUCGUUACAGAGGAAAAAUUGUUGAAAGAAAUUGAGAUAGCAUUUAGUUAUGAAGGUUCUGAUAGAUUAAGAAAUUCAUUGGGUGCCGACUUCAAUAAGGUAAGAAUCAGAAACGAGAAUUCUAUAGGUGACUCAUUGUUUGGUUCCGUUGGUGGAGGUAGCCAUGUUGGUUUAGAUACAGUUAAAGAUUAUUUAUCAGGUGAAUUGAAUGAAUUUUCAAAACAAAUUGAUGAAAAAUUUAUUCAAGAUACAGAACAAAAGAAAAUUGACGUCAACACUAUCUUAUAG